GCUAACAAAACAUCUUGUGUUGUUCCCUUAUAUCUGCUAUAUACUUCCUUAGCUUUUCCAUAAACACAAAGAGGAAAAGAAGUCAGGUUUCUUGUUAUGCAUUUGUUCUUCCUCUACAAUUAUUCUUCUCCUUUUCCUCUUAAGUUUUGAACACAAUUUCAGGAUCCUGUUCUUCCUUUCCUGAUGCAAAAUACCACUGCCUAAAAUACCGUAGGGACCCAUCUUGCUAUUUCUUUUGUCUUCACAUGCUUCGUUACUGUUGAGGGAUUAACUCACCUGCUCCUCCUCCUCCUUUGUCUGUCCUUUUUCUUGUAAUUUAGUUCCAUCUUGUUUCUAUGUCAAAAAUCAUUUGUGUAUCAAAAUCACUAUGCAAAUUGUGCAAUAGCUCCUUUUGCUUGUCUUUGUUUCAUCAAUUUUGCUCCCUCCACACCUUGAGUUUAUCCUGUUCAUGCUACUGCUGCUUUCACUCUUUACCUCAUGAGGAACUUCAAGCCUUUUUCUCAUGCCAUCAUUGCUCUCUUCAUCAUCUCUCUCAGUGCUUGGUGUCAUGGACAAGUAGAACUUGACAUUGCUCCUAUGGAGAAGGCUGAGAAAGAUGCUCUAUUCUCCACCAUUCAAGGUUUUGUUGGUCACUGGUGGAAUGGCUCAGAUCUCUAUCCAGAUCCUUGUGGUUGGACUCCUAUUCAGGGGGUUUCUUGUGAUCUGUUUGAUGGAUUUUGGUAUAUUACUGCCUUGAACAUUGGACCAACCCAAGAGAAUUCUCUAAGUUGUGCCAAAAAUGUGGAAUUCAAACCACAUUUGUUUGAGCUGAAGCAUCUCAAAUCUCUAUCCCUAUUCAAAUGCUUUAGAUCACAACGCAGGCAUCAGGUUACAAUCCCCAAUGCAAACUGGGAAAAUCUGGCCGGCAGCUUAAAAUCACUUGAGUUUAGAUCAAACACAGGUCUCAUUGGAAAAAUCCCUUCAAGUUUUGGUGUCCUCAAGAAGCUUCAGUCCCUAGUACUGUUAGAAAAUGGUUUAACAGGUGAAAUUCCAGCAGAGAUUGGCAACCUGAACAAGUUGAAAAGGCUUGUCCUUGCAGAAAACUAUCUGAGUGGACACAUUCCAGAUAUUUUCAGUACACUGAGUGACUUGUUGAUACUUGAUUUAAGCAGAAACUCACUAUCCGGGUCUUUACCUUUAACACUUGGAUGCUUAACCUCCCUUUUGAAGCUUGAUGUGAGCAAGAACCAUUUGGAGGGGAAUCUGUUGAAGGAAUUUGGUUAUCUGAAGAAUCUGAGCCUUUUGGACCUUGGGGAUAACAGAUUCUCUGGUGGGUUGGCAUUGAGCAUUCAAGAGAUGUAUUCUUUAGAGGAAAUGGUUUUGUCCAACAAUGCAAUAGGUGGAGAUAUCAGGACCCUGAACUGGGAAAACCUUCAUAACUUGGUGAGUUUGGAUCUCUCUAACAUGGGCUUGAAUGGGGAAAUUCCUGAGUCUAUGUUAGAAUUGAAGAGGUUGAGAUUUCUAGGCCUCAGUGACAACAACCUCACAGGCAACCUUUCACCAAAACUAUCAACUCUCCCUUCUCUCAACGCACUCUAUGUUAGUGGUAACAAUCUUGCAGGAGAGCUCAAAUUCUCUAUGGACUUUUAUGGAAAAAUGGGAACACGUUUUGGGGCCUGGAACAACCCCAACCUCUGUUGCCCUCUUGGAGCAUUGGCAACAAAUCAUGUUCCAUUUGGGGUAAAACCAUGCCAGCAGCAGAUCAAAUUGGUAGAAUCUAACACAAAUGAUGGUGAUGUUAACAACACUUUCCAUUCCAUAGCCUCUUUGUGCUAUGCCCCUAAGACUUUCCCAUUGAUCAUCAUUCUCUUCCUAAAUUCUUAUAUAGGUCUUUAAUCAAUAUAGUAGUUCAACUUUGGCUUUAACUUCAUAGGGAUAUUAGUUACAGCAACCUGUAUUGUAGUACUUCUGUAUUUUGCUAUGACACAAGUUGACACUCUUUUUUCCAUCUAA